UACUGCCACCCAACAACAACAACAACAACAACACUCAACACUCAACACUCAACUCACCACUCCAAACACCCAGACAGCCUAAUCAGUAUGAUCCACCAAGAUCACAACAACCGACCACAUAGACCUUCAGUCUCUCAGUCCAUCACACCCGCAUCUGCUCGCUCAGCCCAACCUCAACAGCCCAGUGGCACCCUGGCCGAUCUCACUGCUUGUCUCCGAUCAACCACAGGUGAGAUACCUCCACCAUUGGUCGGCGCUUCGAUCACCGUGUUAGGGACGAGUAUAUAUGUCUUCGGCGGUCGACUGGUCCCUACGCGACUCAUGAUCUCAGAUAUGUAUCGGCUUGAUCUCAACACCCUAGAGUGGCAGAAGAUAUGGCCUUCCUCAUCCAACGGCUCCCCUCAGUCAAGCCAUGGAACAGGCACCAGUGAUACUAAGGGGAAAGCAAGAGCCACCGAUUCAGACCUCAAUCAACACUCAGAUCCUAACAAUCAAUCUGCUAACCAUCAACCCGACCCAUCUGUCACCAUCACCACCGACAACCUACCCUCGAUCUCUGAUCAACCUCGUGGUCCACAUCCAAGAUACUUUCAUUCUGCCGAAGCCUGGGGUCACAAACUCGUCAUCUUUGGUGGGAUGGGCUAUGCAGCUAGUCCUAAUCCAACCAGACCAACAACCGAUUCAUCCACUCCCAACCAUCAUCCCACCGAAUCCGAGUUAGGCUUAUGUGUCCUAGACGAUUUGGUCAUCUUCGAUUCAAUCUCUCGUACCUGGUCCUUCCCAACUACCACCCCCGCCCCGCAAAUCGCCAUGCCCAGUCCUCGCUAUGCACAUCUCAGCUGUCUGACCAGCGAGACCGGUUACGAUCUACCGAUCAAUGAAUCAGAUGAGGAGAGUAAUACUAAUACUCAUAAUAAUAAUAAUAAUAAUUAUAUCGAAAUCCCCGGUCUAAACACACCCUCGAUCAAGAUCCUCAAACCAAACAGGCGAAGGAGGCGCAACCUGUUGACCCUGCUGGGAGGACAAGAUAUCUCGAAUCGAUAUAUCGGUGAAAUCAACGUCCUCGACCUGGAUUCCAUGCAAUGGAUCGAAGGUCGUAGGUGGGAGAGACAUUGUGGUACCUAUCGAAGCGUGGCUUGUACUGCCCAACUCACUGUCAGACAGGGUGAUCGACUCGAUGGAAGUGAUAACCCAGAUCAUGAUGAAGACAGUCUACGGAGGUUGAGUUGGAGUGAGAAACCGUCCGUGGAACGACCAGAGCCGGUCUAUCUAUACUCCAACUUUAACUUUAACGACGUCCGACGAGAUCUCGAACUGAUCUCUUAUCCGACUACUCCUCCCCCACUACCUGCUACACCCUCCUCAACCGGUCAUUUCACAACGAUCCAUCCCCUCUCUCAUACGAUGACAGGAGUCUUACCAAGUGGAUUAAGAUUUCCAACGGGCGCAAUGGUCGGUAAUCAUAUGAUCAUCUCCGGUACCUCCCUCAAUCAGGAAAAGCUGCGAGAUCAAACCGACUGUUUUGCGAUUUGGGCUCUCGACCUCUCUCAAGCAAAUCAUAAGCAUGUGCCGAUCAAAGUCCCACAUGGCCAACGUCCUGAUAUCUCAACCUAUAAUAAUACUCAAUUCGGGGCUGGUAAAGUGGUCUGGCAAAGAAUAGACCCGGGUCGGAUCAUGAUGAGCGGAAGUUGGAACCGAGCGGUCGGAUGGGGAAAUUGUUUGGUGAUUCUCGGUAAUAAAGAUCGCGAUAUCGUUGACGAUUAUCAUCAUCGUCAGAUUAAUUUUGUCGACUUGGCCUUUAUCGAUCUCGAACCGUUUGCGAUCUAUCAGCCACCAUUCUCAAAUCAGAGUUACGUUCCUCAAGGAUUCAGUAGGGAGACAAGUUUGAAAUCUGCACGUCUAGGCCUUUCCUUGCUAUCCAACGUUCAUCUAUCGGAUUUUGAAAUCGUUUGUGUCGAUGGAACGGUGAUCCCACUCAACAAGAGGAUGCUAGAGGAUCGGUGGCCGUGGUUCAGAGAUCGGCUGAACGAAUUCAAGUUGAAAGCAACUAAAGUCAAUGUGGCUUAUCAAAAACAGAUGCAGCAACAUUGUCGAUCAAAGUUGAUUGAAGCUAAUCAUUCUAGCAAAUCCACAGGGGAUCGGUCCAGUGGACCGAAUCCGACCAAUGGAAGUAGUGUCACUGAUUCUUCAUCUCAAGAGGAAAGCCAAAGUCCUUCCUCACAAUCUUCAACGCCUACGGAAACCUCAGGCAGUGAGCACUCAAAAGUGCGCGCAAAUUCGGUUGAUUCGAGCUCGUCCAACACAACUGCUCAACUGUCGAUCCAGCCGGCAGUGCCGGCAAGCAAGAUACCGGAGAUCAGUUUGCCGGAGUCAUAUCAAGUGACCCCUCGAAGUUUAUAUCUACCUCAUCCAUCGGUGGUCGUCCAAGCGCUUGUCGAAUAUCUCUUUACCACCGAUCUCGUCACCCCCUUACACCAAACCCCAGCCGUGCUCUGCUCGCUCUUGAUCCUUGCUACAACUUACAAAUUGGAACAUCUUAGGAUGCUUACCGUCCAUGCCUUGCAUCGCUAUCUGAGUCCUUCUACCUCCAAGUCCUUAUCUCAGUUCGGUGGCCCCGGUAAUGUCGCCGCCUUGAUCUAUGAGGCAGCCACUUUGAGUGGCUGUAUGGCGCUUCAAAUCAGAAGUUUGAAGGCUAUCAUCGCUGCCCAAUCGAAACAGCAGAGUUCUAGCACUUCAGGACUAGGCGCGACAUCGUCGACCAAUAGCCGGACGGUGGUACCGACAGGGGCCGGGCUAGGCGGCUCAUCAUCUCUGUCGACGGUAACGACGGCGAGCAACACGACCGCCUCCUCGACCUCAUCCUCCUCCUCCCUGCCCACCGCCGGAACGACUCGAUGGACGUCCACAUCUACCGGAUCUGUCCCGCCUCCUAACCCCUCUAAUUCGAAUCCUACCUCUAACCAUCCCUCUCAGUCCUCCCCCCUCGCUAACAACAACCAGCCUUAUCCUUCUCCAAAAGGACGGUCUGGAUGGGGACAUCGAUGAUCUCUUCCUUCUUCUUUCUUUUUUAGACACUAUAAUACAUCCUCAUCCUCAUCUCCAUCAUCAUCAUCCUCUUUCUCUUCAUUUCUAUCUCUCUGUAGUAGUUACAUGAAUCCCUCUUUCCUUUUUCCCUUUGUUUCCUUUUGGGUUAUCUUGCUGAUUUCUUUUUAACUUAACAUACACACAUAUAUAUAAAUACAUGGAUGGGUUUCUACACAUAUAUGUACACAGUAUAUGCAUACAUAUAUGUAUUUAUAUGUAUGUUAACAUACACACACACAUAUAUAUAUAUACAUAUCUACAUAUGUUUAUAUUAACUUCUACUCCCAAUAGU